UUUCUCCUGUGAUUCUUUCCUACCAAAAAGACACGGAGAGAAAGAAAGAAUGGAGCAGAAAAAGAACACUUGUCAUGCCACUGUAUGUAUUUCUUCUGAAGCACAGAUUCCUUACCCACAUCGCAAGACUGUUAAUUCAGAGCUUUUCAGGCCAUCUUAUUCUAAUGUUUACACACAUAGUUGAUUCAUUAAUAUAGCUGAUCAAUUUGUCCACCACAUGUUUGUUGAAAUGCCAAUGUGAGAUUUGGGUCACUUUGAACAAUGGCUGGAACACUCAUUGUUAGGUUGAAAUUGGUGCUGAUGAUAUGUGUAAUUUUGUGGGUAACUGUUGAUUAUCAAGCCAUUGCGAUAAAUGGAACUGACGUAUCAUCGGUUAAGCCAUCCUCUGUCAAUGUUGGUGCUUUAUUCACCUACAAUUCUAUCAUUGGGCGCUCGGCCAGACCAGCGAUCUUGGCUGCAGUUGAUGAUGUAAAUUCCGAUCCCACAAUUCUUGGAGGAACAAAACUGAACCUUAUUUUGCACGACACAAAUUGCAGUGGAUUCCUUGGAACAGUUAAGGCUUUGCAGAUAAUGGAGAAGAAUGUGGUUGCUGUAAUUGGCCCACAAUCCUCUGGAAUAGCACACGUCAUCUCUUACGUUGUCAACGAACUUCAUGUCCCAUUACUCUCCUUUGCAGCAACUGAUCCGACACUUUCUUCACUCGAAUACCCAUAUUUUCUUCGUACCACUCAAAGUGACUAUUUCCAGAUGCAAGCAGUUGCAGAUUUGGUUGAGUUUUAUGGAUGGAAGGAAGUAAUUGCCAUCUUUGUUGAUGAUGAUUAUGGAAGAAACGCUGUUUCUUCUUUAGGCGAUGCACUUGCCAAGAACCGUGCCAAGAUUACUUAUAAAGCUGGAUUUACACUGCGAGCAAACCGAACCGAAAUCAAAGAUUUGCUACUUAAGGUGAUUCUUAUGGAAUCCCGCGUUUAUAUUCUACAUGUGAAUCCUGAUUCUGGUCUGAGAGUAUUCUCAAUUGCCAAGAGCCUUGGAAUGGUUUCUAGUGGCUAUGUAUGGUUUGCCACGGAUUGGCUUCCUUCUGUAUUGGAUUCUCUCUCGAGAGAUGAUCCUGAAACGAUGGAUUCUUUGCAAGGAGUUGUCAUGCUUCGGCAUCAUACUCCGGAUUCCAAUCUCAAAAGGAAAUUCAUGUCGAGAUGGAAAAACUUCAAUUCUUACGCUUUAUAUGCUUAUGAUUCGGUUUGGUUGAUUGCUCGUGCUCUCGACGUUUACCUCAAAGCUGGCGGUCGAAUAUCUUUUUCAAAUGAUCCUAGAUUGAACCUAACAUUGCUCCGAUCAUUUGAUGGAGGCGAGAAUUUAUUAGAAAUCCUUCUUCAAACAAACUUUACUGGUUUAACCGGUCGAGUUCAAUUCGAUCAGGAGAAGAAUCGAAUUCAACCGUCAUUUGACAUUCUAAACAUUGACGGUACAAGUCCACGGAGGAUUGGAUAUUGGACAAAUCAUUCGAGGCUGUCGGUUGUUGAUCCCGAGAUCUUGUAUAAAAAUGUCAUCUUGAAUGGUUCAAUAGGGAAUCAGUCACUUCAUGGCGUAAUAUGGCCCGGUCAAAUAGCGAUAAGGCCUCGAGGUUGGGUUUUUCCUAACAAUGGUAAGCCUUUGAGAAUCGGAGUGCCUAACCGAGUUGGCUACAAAGAGUUUGUUGCCAAAGACAAUAAUAGCCCUCUUGGGGUGAAAGGAUAUUGCAUCGAUGUCUUUGAAGCCGCGAUCAACUUAUUGCCUUAUGCUGUACCUCAUUCUUAUAUAUUGUAUGGGGAUGGGUCAAGAAAUCCUUCUUACAACAAUCUUGUGUACGAUGUUGCCGAAAAUAAAUAUGAUGUUGCUGUUGGAGAUGUUACUAUUACUACAAACAGGACAAGAAUUGUAGAUUUUACUCAGCCUUUCAUGGAAUCCGGGCUUGUGGUUGUUGCUCCUGUGAAAGAGAACGAGUCUAGUGCUUGGGCUUUCCUCCAGCCGUUCACACUUCAAAUGUGGUGUGUGACUGGUAUCUUCUUCCUUUUCAUUGGGGCUGUCGUUUGGAUUCUCGAGCAUCGAACAAAUCACGAAUUCCGUGGAUCACCCAGGCAGCAACUUGUAACAAUCUUCUGGUUUAGCUUCUCGACGAUGUUCUUUGCUCACAGAGAGAAUACAGGGAGUGCAUUGGGAAGAUUAGUGUUGUUACUUUGGCUAUUUGUUGUAUUAAUUAUCAACUCGAGCUAUACUGCGAGUUUGACAUCUAUUCUCACGGUUCAACAACUGACAUCACGGAUUGAAGGGCUCGAUAGCUUGAUCGCGGGUACUGAUCCGAUAGGAAUUCAAGAUGGAUCAUUUGCAUACAAUUAUCUAGUUGGGGAGCUAAACAUAGCAGCAUCAAGGAUUAAGUCAUUGAAGAACCAACAAGAUUAUAUAAACAAUCUUGAACUUGGUCCUAAACAGGGCGGGGUGGCAGCCAUUGUUGAUGAACUUCCAUAUAUCGAGCUCCUCAUGUACAACACCCGUUGCAAAUUUAGAACAGUUGGACAGGAGUUCACCAAAAGUGGAUGGGGAUUUGCAUUUCAAAGGGACUCUCCUCUUGCUGAGGACAUGUCAACUGCUAUUCUACAACUUUCGGAGAACGGGGAUCUCCAGAGAAUCCACGAUAAAUGGCUGUCGAAAGAAACCUGCUCUUCGCAAGACAACCAAAUCGACGUCAGCAGGCUGUCAUUAAGGAGCUUCUGGGGACUUUUCCUAGUAUGUGGAAUAGUAUGCAUCAUUGCCCUUACAAUAUUCUUCAGUAGAGUAUGCUUGCAAUUUCGCAAGUUUAGCACAAACGGUGAAGAAGAUGAAAUCGAAGAGGCGGAACAGCAGGUAAGGCCCAAGCAACGGACAUUACGGGCUACAACAAGUUUUAAGAAAUGGGUAGAUUUUGUUGACACUAAAGAAGUUGAGAUGAAAGAAUGGUCUAAACGUAAGAAUAGUGAUGUCAAAAAUAAAGCCAGCCCGAGCUAUGAGGAUGAUCAACCUAAUAGUCCUAAUUCACAACCUUAAGGAAAAUCCCAUAACUUAUUUCUUUCAUGGUUUUACUUUAGAUAUUGGAUUUUGCAGUUCUUUGUGUUUUAGGGUGUGUUUGUUUAGCCGAAUUAAUACUGUGAGCUAUAUUGUGUGUAUGAGAUAUUUGUUGAUUAAGGGCAGAAAAUAGAUGAGAUG